AUGAAUACAACAACAUCAAGUCGAAUUUUAACCGAUGUUCCUUGUAAAGUUUGUCAUGAUAAUUCGUCUGGUAAACAUUAUGGAAUAUUUGCAUGUGAUGGGUGCGCGGGAUUUUUUAAACGAUCAAUACGACGAAAUCGUCAAUAUACGUGUAAAAAUCAUGGUAUAGGAAAUUGUCCUGUCGAUAAAACUCAUCGAAAUCAAUGUCGAAGUUGUCGUUUAAGACGUUGUUUAGAAUCCGGAAUGAAUAAAGAAGCUGUUCAACAUGAACGUGGACCAAGAAAUUCAACAAUAAAAAAACAAAUGGCUUUAUUACUGAAAGAAUCCACUGAUUUAUUGCAUGCAUAUCAGUUUCAUCGUUAUCAAUCAUCAAUACCAUUUCAAAAUCCUCAAUCGGUUCCAAAAUAUCCAACUAUUGAUCAUCAUGAAUUAGCAGCUAAGAUUCUAUUUAAUGCAAUCAAUUGGAUCAAAACAGUGCCAGCCUUUACAUCAUUAUCCAAUCGCGAUCAACUUUGUCUACUUGAAGAAAGUUGGCGUGAUUUAUUUAUUCUAACUGCCGUUGAACAACAAUAUACACUAGAUGUAGAAGAACUGAUUUAUUCAAAUCGUCAAUAUGAAAUGUUUAGAGCCGAUAUUGAAAAUUUUCAAGAAAUUUUAAAUAAAUUAAAACAAAUGAAAAUGGAUCCCAAUGAAUUAAUUUGCUUAAAAAAUUUUGUUCUAUUUAAAGCAAAUUUAAAUGAUUGUCAAACAAUAAUUAAUCCUCAAUUAAACGAUAUACAUUCAAUUAAUUAUUUACAUAAUCAAGCACACAUACUAUUGAGUACAUAUAUCAAUAAACAAUAUCCAUGUGAAGAAAAUCGUUGUUUAAAAUUAUUAACACUGAUAUCAUCGUUUCGAUUAAUAUCAUCGUCGAUAAUCGAAGAAGUUUUCUUUCGAAAAACAAUCGGAGACAAAACUCAUAUGGAACAACUUGUCAAAGAUAUGUAUAGAAUGGUUGCUAUUAAUUCAUAA